AUGGCCAGCAGCAGCGGCGAUUUCAUGAUGAUGGAGGUCGACGACGACGGGGCCGACGCCCCUGCGAUCCCAGAGCCCGCGAAGGGCAUCGAGCGGCCUGGAUCGACGAUCGACAAGAACGAUGGCCUUCGAGACGCAUCGCCGCCGCCGCCGCCUCGACCGAGCGGGGGCCACAGCGGGAGACAGAAGGCCGACCCGAAACCGAUGGCCGAGCCGAAGAAGCGAUUCUGCGACUUCGCGGGUUGCGACAGUGAGGCGAUGAGGAAUGAAAAGUUUUGCCGUUCCCACGUGACCGACAUCAAAGCAGCAGGUGAGGACGCGGCUCGUCAGGGGCCGAAGGCCAAGGCAGAGUUCUCCCUCAUCCGCAAGGGCGGCGGCGCGCGGCUCCAGGCCUACUUGAGCAGUUACCUCGCCACGUGUCAG